AUGGCAACCUUGACUGCGGAUGCCAAUGGCACAAAUGAGCAUGUCUCAAACGUAAAUGGCUCUAAAAUUCCCAAUGAUACUACCAUUGAUCGCACCAUUUGCAAGGAAGCUCUUUCAAUUGGCAGUUGUUUGCCAAAGUCCCCUUCCCCAGAGCCCAUCGCCAUCUGUGGUAUGUCAGUUCGUCUCCCGGGUGGACUGCAUUCACCACAGCAAUUUUGGGACUUCUUGGUUGCCAAGGGUGAUGCUCUUGGGCCAAUUCCAAAAUCCAGAUACAAUGCUUCUGCAUAUUAUUCCGAGGAGCCGAAACCCGGCUCUAUCCAGAUCAUGAAUGGAUACUUUCUUGAUGAGAGCAUCGAUCUUGCUACCAUGGAUACGUCUUUCUUCACCAUGGGUGCAUCUGAAGUAGAGAAAGCGGACCCAUAUCACCGACAAAUGCUAGAAGUCGCCAGAGAAUGCAUGGAGGACGCUGGCGAAAUCUGGAAAGGACGGCGCAUUGGCUGUUUCAUGGGCAGCUUUGGCCAAGACUGGUCCGAAAUUCAGGCCAAAGAAGAUCAACAGCAUGGCAUGCAUCGCCUCACUGGGACUGGAGACUUUAUGCUGGCCAACCGGGUCUCUUAUGAGAUGGACCUGUCCGGGCCAAGCGUGGUUAUACGUACUGCCUGUUCGGCAUCGCUCGUUGCAUUGCAUGAAGCAUGUCUAGCAAUCUCUAGAGGGGACUGCGAGGGAGCCAUUGUCGGCGGAGCCAACUUGAUCCUGACACCAACUAUGACCAUUGCCAUGUCGGAGGAAGGCGUCCUUUCACCAGACGGCUCCUGCAAGACCUUUUCUGCUGAUGCUAAUGGAUACGCUCGAGGCGAGGCUGUCUCCGCUAUCUUUAUCAGGCCCUUGGCUGAUGCCAUCCGCCAUGGCAACCCAGUCCGCGCCGUGAUCCGGGCAACAGCAUCCAACAGCGAUGGGAAGGGCACUGCUUCCGGUAUCCAAGUACCUAAUGGCGCUAUCCAUGAGGCACUGAUCAGACAUGCCUAUGAUAUAGCUGGAAUUACGGACUACUCUGAGACUGCGCUGGUCGAGUGCCAUGGCACAGGCACUCAAGUGGGAGAUCCUAUUGAAGCUACAGCAGUCGGUCGUGUUUUCGGUCCCUCUGGCGGCGUUCAUAUUGGAUCUGUCAAACCAAAUCUCGGUCACGCUGAAGGAGCCUCGGGUCUCACGUCGCUGAUCAAGUCAGUACUGGCGUUGGAAAAUCGUAUCAUUCCUCCGAACAUCAAGUUUACCAAGCCCAACCCGAAAAUAGGAUGGGAUACUUAUGGACUUUCUGUUCCAACGGAGCCAACGCCUUGGCCUGCGGCAAAGCGUGAGCGAAUUAGCGUGAACGGCUUUGGUAUUGGAGGCACCAACGCCCACGUUAUUCUCGAGUCCGCUAAAAGUUUCGGCCUCUCUCCUGUUCUCAAGCGGCCUAUUGCGGAACCACAAUUGCUUGUUUAUUCUGCCAACACAGCCCAGUCGCUGAAAAACAUGAAGACCGCCUACGAAACGUACAUCCAGAAAAACCCUGAAAGAGUUAGUGACCUUGCAUUCACGCUGAGUAAUAAGAGGGAGCACUUGCCUCACCGGGCAUACUCCGUUGUUAACACCUUCGGUGCUGCCACGACCUCGACGUCGUCAAAUGCUGGGAAACCGCCAAACAUCGUCAUGGUUUUCACGGGCCAGGGCGCUCAAUGGCCAGAAAUGGGACGUUUUAUGAUCGAAAGUUCCACUUAUCCGGUCUUCAAUCAGAGUAUCGAGUACCUCGAUGAAUACCUGCGGACGCUUGCCCUUGCACCGAAAUGGACUAUUAAAGGAGAGCUUCAGAAGAAGAGCGAAGCCAGUCGACUCAACUCGGCUGAGUUUUCUCAACCACUUUGCACGGCGAUUCAAAUCGCUCUGGUUGAUUCCUUCACCUCUGUUGGGAUCCAGCCCACCGCUGUUGUGGGCCACUCCAGUGGCGAAGUAGCUGCUGCGUAUGCAGCUAAAGCAAUCACAGCCCAGGAAGCCAUUACAAUUGCCUUCUACCGUGGUCAGAUUACCAAGCUGCAGACAAGACCUGGAGCAAUGGCAGCUAUCGGGAUGGGGACCGCCGAGAUUAAGCAAUAUCUCCAGCUCGGUGUGCGUGUUGCAUGCGAAAACUCGCCCCAGAGCGUUACCCUCGCCGGUGACACCGAUGUUAUUGAAAGUAUUGUUGCCAAUAUCCAGGAGACUCGUCCUGAUGUCCUGACAAGGAAGUUGCAAGUUGACAAGGCAUACCACUCUCACCACAUGAGUGAAAUAAGCGAUGAAUAUCAUGCCCUCAUUGAACAUGGAGUAUCAGCCAAUGAUCCCAAGAAGUUGUUUUUCAGCACCGUCGAAGGCAAGCUGCUCACUCCAACCUCAAGCCUCGGUCCUAAAUACUGGAAGCAAAAUUUGGAGUCGCCGGUACUAUUCCACUCCGCGAUCUCAUCUAUUCUCAACCACGAGAUUGCGGCGAAUAUGGUAUUCCUCGAGGUUGGCCCUCACUCCGCCCUUGCUGGCCCUUUGCGGCAAAUCCAGGCACAGCACUCCACUACUUGUCCAUAUACAUCUGCAUUGCGUCGCAAACAGAAUGAUGUGGAGUCAUUCCUAGCAGCUAUUGGAGAUCUUCAUGUUCUAAAUGCUGACAUCAACUUCAAAAGAGUGAUCGAAAAUGGUUCAAUCCUGCCAGACCUGCCUAGAUACCCAUGGGAUCACUCGAGGAAGUUCUGGUAUGAGUCCAGGUUAAGUAAAGAGUGGCGGCACCGCGAACACACGCAUCAUGAGCUUCUGGGUCUUCGAGUACUAGAAAGUCCUGAACAUGAAGUCCUGUUCCGCAAUGUCCUUCAUUUGAACAAUGUCUCGUGGAUCUGUGAUCACAAAGUUGGCGACGAUAUUGUUUUUCCCUUUGCCGGCUAUGCAGGAAUGGCCGGUGAAGCCGUUCGACAGAUCACCGGGGUGAAUGAGUCAUUCAAAUUGCGGAAUGUUCUCGUUAGUACUGCCCUUGUCAUUAACAGCGGUCAGUCAGUCGAGAUUGUGACCGCACUUCGUCGCAAUCGCUUGACGGACUCUCUUGAUAGUGAGUGGUGGGACUUUUCUAUUUCGUCUCAUAAUGGGACAAGUUGGAAGAAGCACUGCUCCGGCGAGGCCAGAUCACAUAUUGGAGACUUUGGACUUGCAGAAGAGAGAGCUUCUCUUGUGCGCAAGGUCAAUACCCGCCGUUGCUACAAGGCCAUGGCGAAGUCUGGGCUCAAUUUUGGACCCUCGUUCAAACUUCUUGAAGAUGUUCGGUCAGACACUAUUACACAGAAUGCAACAUCGGAAGUUCUUGCAAAAGAAGCCGACAGCAAGGACUACCAUCUACACCCAACGGUAAUUGACGCUUCACUGCAAAUGAUCACCGUUGCUGCUUCCAAGGGCUAUUGUGAUCCCAUAACAAAAAUGGUACUUCCAACCAAAAUUGGAGAGAUAUGUAUAUCACGCUGCUUUGGGAAUGUUCAGGUCCGCACUGCAGCACAUUACACUCCAAACGGCUCCAUCAUUGGUAGCGGGCAGAGCGUUGCCGCCAAUGGAAAGAUUGUCAUGAGCAUUUCUGGAACAAGACUCUCCGCCUUAGAUGACCAGAGCUCUGAUGAAGGAAGCGACGGUUUUGCUCGCACUGAAUGGGGCCCCCAUAUCGAUUUUCUGGACGCGAAUACUCUUAUCAAGCCAUCAAUUGAUCUCAGUGACUCAAUGCCAAUGCUCACACAGCUAACAAAAAUGUGUAUGGUGUAUACGAAGAGAAUCAUUACUGGAUUGGACACACCAAUUCACCACAUGCACAAGUACCGCUCUUGGAUCGACCGCCAGCUCCAGUCUGUCGAUCUCCAGGACCUCGAGGCCCUUGAGAAUCAUGCCAUUGAGCAGCGAGUGCAAAACAGUGUCGAAGUACUGUCGCAAACCGAGCUCGCGGAAGCUGCCGUAGCCGUUCACAAGGUCUUUCGCAAUGUCAACAAAAUCUUCAUCGGCGACGUGGAGGCGCUGGAUAUCCUUGUUUCAGAUGAUACACUGUCAAAUCUCUAUGUCGCCAUGGACCACUCGGAUCAGUCGCAAUUCUUGAGGCGUCUGGCUCACAGCAAGCCAAAUCUUCGAGUCCUUGAGAUUGGCGCUGGAACAGGGGGUACUACUACCAAGAUUCUGAGAGAAUUGAUGCCUGGCGACAAGGCCUUAUACUCAAAAUACACCUAUACCGACAUUUCAUCUGGCUUCUUCGUUGCUGCUAGAGAGCGCUUCGGUGCGUAUCCAAACAUCGACUACGCGACUUUCGAUGUGACUAAGGAUCCCAUUGAACAGGGCUUCGAUGGGAAUAAGUAUGAUCUUGUCGUGGCCGCCAAUAUCAUUCAUGCUACAAAAUCUCUGAAUGAGAGCUUAAGCAAUGUCAAGAAACUGCUCGCCCACAAUGGCCGCCUCCUACUCACAGAGCUCUGCACGGCUAGCAAAUGGAGCAACUACAUCUGGGGCACUCUACCUGGCUGGUGGUACGGCGAAGCCGAUGACCGAGAGGACGAGCCAUAUAUUAGUCCCGACCGGUGGGCGAAAGAGCUGGAGGCUGCUGGAUUUCGCGCCCCUGAUGCCAUAGUUCUUGAUUCGCCGGAACCAUAUCAGAUGAGUGGUGUGCUUGUGGCCAGACCCGCGGUCGAGCAACCUCCUAGAAAAAUUGUUACUCUUCUUACCUAUUCUGGGUCAAAGUGUGCGGGCCCUAUACUUCAACGCCUGGAGAGCAGGGGCUAUACAGUUCACUGUUGUGGGCUACAAGACAUGCACAUUCCUAUCGAGCAAAAUGUCAUUGCCUUGCUUGAGGACGAAGGCCCCUUUUUUGAAGACAUGAAUGAUGAGCGCUUUGGCUCUUUCCAGGCAUUGAUAGAGGGCUUGAAGAACUGUGGCAUCUUUUGGAUAACCGGUCUUUCACAAAUCCAGUGCCAGGACCCACGAUUUGGUCAAAUAAAUGGCAUUGCCAGAACCAUUCGCUCCGAGAUGCUAAUUGAUUUUGCUACCUGCGAGGUUGACAAUGUCAGCUCGUCUCUCGAUAAGAUUAUUGAUGUUUUUGAGUGUUUCCAACUUCGUCAAGAGGACGAGAUGCUAAAGCCCGAGUUUGAAUACGCCAUUGUUGACAACACUGUUCAUGUUGGACGGAUUUACCCCUUCUCAGUUCAAGGCCAGCUCCUAACAUCGGGCUCAAGCGACGGCGUUCAUCUUCGUACCAGAAGACCUGGUCACCUCAGCGCCUUACACUGGGCGUAUCAGGAGAUUGGAGCGCCAAGCGACGACGAAGUGGAGGUUGAGAUAUAUGCAACCGGCUUGAAUUUCAAGGAUGUCCUAUGUGCCAUGGGAAUAAUUGAGACCACAGAGAGCAACUUUGGGCUUGAAGGUGCCGGUAUUGUUCGCCGCACUGGUUCCCAUAACAGCGAUCUCAAGGUCGGUGACCGUGUGAUGGUCUUGAGUCCCAAUGGCUGUGGAACGAGACUGAUCGUCUCUGAAAAAAACUGUGAAAAGAUUCCAAAAUGCCUAAGCUUUGAGGACGCGGCUACCAUGCCAACCGUGUUUACCACAUCGAUUUACUCGGUCUUUGAAAUUGGAAACUUGAAGAAAGGACAGUCCAUUCUUAUCCACAGUGCCUGUGGCGGUGUUGGAAUUGCGACCAUUCAACUUGCCCAGAUGGUUGGUGCCGACGUCUAUGCAACUGUCGAUUCCAUGCUCAAUGCUUUCCGUUACAUGCAGCAAGGUGUUCAUUUAGGCAAGAUUGUUAUGUCUAUACGCAAUGCUGCAGGCCAGGUCCUUGCUGAAAAUGUUCAGCCGCGAAACAAACCCGCUCAACUGGACAGCUUAGGUGUAUAUCUGCUUGUCGGUGGCCUCGGGGGCUUGGGUCGCGCUAUUUCCACGUGGAUGGUGAACCGUGGAGCUCGUCACCUCAUCUUUCUUUCCCGAAGUGCGGGUGCAAGCGAAACACAUCAGGAGUUUGCACAAGAACUUGCCAGUAUGAGAUGUAGGGCCGAUUUUGUUAAGGGUAGCGUGUCAAACAUUGACGAUGUGAACAAAGCCGUUGCACAGGCUCAAGGUCGGCUCAAAGGCAUCUUGCAGAUGUCCAUGGUGCUUUCUGACCAGGCUUUCACUCGCAUGACAAUGAAUGAGUGGAAUACGGCUGUUAACCCCAAGGUCAAGGGAACAUGGAACCUUCACAAUGCUUCCGUGUCCGUUAACGCGGACCUUGACUUUUUUGUUCUUUUUAGCUCCAUUUCUGGUAUCUUCGGGCAGCCUGGUCAAACGAAUUAUGCUGGUGCCAACACUUUCAUGGAUGCGUUCGCCCAGUACCGCUUGAACCAGGGACUACCGGCCUGUGCCAUCGGGAUCGGUGCCGUGGAGGAAGUCGGCUAUGCAGCUGAGCAGAAUCUGAAGAAUCUUGUUACUGUUAGUGAAACAGUUUCGCCCCGGGAGCUUCUUCAAGCGAUAGAGUUAGCCGUGACUUCGACGUCGGGCAGGUCGCAAUCUACUGCUUUGAGCAGCUUUUGUGUUGGUAUCCACGCACCCAAUGUAUCCCUGAGCAAUCCCAAGAACCGAUCUAUUUACAGGAAAGAUGUCCGAAUGGCAGUUUUCCACAAUACAGGAGGGAGUGCUCCCGCAUCAGACUCUUCCUCCAGCAAUUACCUGAAGUCCUUCAUGUCCGCGGCCAAGGUGGAUGCCUCUCUUCUGCAUGAGCCAAAAUCUAUUCAUCUUCUAGCUGUUGAGAUCGGGAAAAAGGUGUUUAGUCUGCUGUUGAAACCAGAAGAAGACCUGCACACGUCAUGUUCGCUGUCUGAUCUGGGAAUGGAUUCUUUGGUGGCAAUUGAGGUGAGACAGUGGUGGAGAGCAACUUUCGAAUUUGAUAUCAGUGUGCUCGAAAUGAUGAGCCUGAAUACCCUUGAUGCCUUAGGAAAGCACGCUGCAAAGGGACUGCUCACUUUGUGCCAUGGUGGUCAAGAACUUCAUUAG